GUUCAGAUUGGACGCAGGUUUUAACCUCCUCCGCUUAUCUCGCAUUUCCUUGCGAUAAAACACCUCACACCGCAUCCUACGAAUCGAUAGGAUACUCGGAGAGUGAGAAGGAGUAACAAGUAUCCUCGAGUCACCGACAACGUCCUUCAGGAUGUGCAGAAGCAUAAGUUUCAGGCUCUCUCUGCUUGCGUUGAUGGUUUUCGUGGGCCCAACUUCUGUGCGGGUCGCGGGUUCCUCGGCGGUGGAUAAAACCGGGGGAUUCGAAACGGUCCACACGAGUAACGCGGCCCUCCUCAACAGGCUGGGACUUUCGCCGCUCCGUAUACCGCAAGGGCAUCACAAGAAGCGUUUGGCGGGCCCCGAGCCACCGCCAAAAACGGGGCCUCAGAGUCCCCACCACUCGAGCUACGGCCGGAGGCACGGAGGCCACGGGGACAGCCACGUAUACGUAGUGAAGUUGCCCCCGAGUCUGCCCUACUAUGCGAUAACGAAGCCUCACAAGACGAUCGGGGCAAACGGGGAGGCGAAUUUUGGGGGUGCGCGGAACAAGGGUGGCUCCGUGAAGAAUUACAGCCCCGUAGGUUUUCACAGCAACGGUAAGCCCGGAAGUAUUUAUCACUGGAAUUUACCGACGAUGAAGAAGAUCGCGGAGAAAAAACGUAUCGCGGAAGAACGCGUUCAGCAGCGGCUGAUGAAGAAGAAGAAGAACGAAUCGCAGGGGGUUUCAAUGCCCGAAGAAGGAGGGGAAGAAGGUGAAGAAGAAAAUUUCACGGAUCUUAAGACGAAGCGAGUGAGGAAUAACGACAAGCGUUUGAACUACAACGCGGAGAAUCAUGCAGCGGCAAGGGACAAAAAUUAUCGAUUGGAUGACUCGAUCGUGUACAAAAUAAAGCCGGGAGAUAAGAACAAGGAUCAUAUUAAUCGGCUCGUUUGGAACACCCUCGUCAAUGAUCCGGUACAGAAUUCAUUGUACACUUCCGGGAGCUUGAUGCAGAGGCAGAAGAAACACCGGAAAAAAUCCGCAACGUCUUAUUACGCACCGUUUGCCGCUAAGUCCGGCUCUACCAGUAUGCACAAAAAUUUCCCUGGCAAUGGGAAACCAAAGGCUUUUUACGUAAUCGAAAAAAGUCGCAAACCCGUUUACUACCAUCCUCUUCUUCCCUAAUUCGUAAAUCAUAAAAAUGCAGACGUGCGUUACGUACGAUAAUAUAUUGCGAUUUACAAGUCGGAGAGUUAUCGAUUCGCUG